AUGGCGAUAACCAUCCACCCCGCCACGCCCGAUGAGAUUCCCGCAAUCGUCGACUUUGUCAAGGCGGCCCGCGUCGAGAUGUUCCCAAUGCUAGACCCGGCAUCCCACAUCCAACAGGCCGAACGCGAAAUCGCCACCUUCAAGCAGACCUACUUGGAGCAUCCCGAUGGGACAUUCUUCACAGCCCGAGCUGACGGUCGUCUCAUUGCCACCAUUGGAUUUCUCGCCUACGACCAGCGCUUCCCCCAGCUCGAUUUCGGCCACGAUCGCGUAGUCGAGGUAGUCCGGCUGUACGUCGAGCCGGCCUGGCGCGGCGCCGGGUUGGCUUCAAAGUUGUUCACUACAAUAAAACAAAAAGCGCAACAGGUGGGGAUUGACCGGCUGUACCUACAUACUCAUCCUUUCUUACCGGGGGCAAUCCGCUUUUGGGAGAAGCAUGGAUUCGUCAUACGCCAGAUUGAGGAUGAUCCGGUGUGGCAUACGACGCAUAUGAGUCAAUCCUUCAAUUAG